AUGAAAAUCACCUUUUUGAUCCAAGUUUUGCUUAGACUUGCACCUGUCACUGCUAUUCUUGGUGGCCAAAUCGUCCCGCAAGGCUCAAAGACGUAUAUGACUGGUAUUCGUAUCACUAUCGACCCAACUUCAAGUGAUGACUAUAAUUUCUGUGGUGGAGUAUUAAUCACGCCGACCCACGUGCUCACGACUGCGGCAUGCGUUUCCAUUUCCUUUGCUAAGCCAAACUUUGUUUCGGUUGGUGCACAUUACAUUAACGGUGGCGAAGAUGGCGAUGAGUUAAAAGUUGUUUCCGUGGUAAAGCAUCCAAAAUUUGAUCCAACAACACUCAGAAAUGACUUUGCUGUAUUAAAGCUGGUAAAGCCUGCCAAAUACAAACCAGUAAAGCUUCCGGCUUCUGAUGGCAGUGACAUUCGGUCUGGCAUGUGGGCUUCUGCUAUGGGAUGGGGAGCUAUCAAUGCUUCAAUCGAUGCAUUUGGUUCCGAAGAGCUUUUGCGCGUGAGUUUACAAGUAGUUACAAAUGAUGCUUGCCGUAAAGCACUUGAUUCGACCGCGAUCGAUAUGUCGCAAGUUUGCGCUGGUGGAGAAAAAAACAAGUCACCAUGUAAAGGUGAUAAUGGUGGUCCGCUCAUCAAAGAAAAUUCGAAUGGCGAUAGCGACGAUGUAGUUAUCGGACUCAUUAGCGGUGGUAACGGUUGCGGUAUCAAGGGUUCCCCUGCUAUCUUUUCGCGUGUGUCUUCAGUGCUGCCUUGGAUUCAAGCUGUCACCAAGUAG